AAAUCUUCUACUUAAGCAGAGCCACAAUGAGAGGUUUCAUCUUAGCAGUUUUGUUAAUCAACCUGAACAGACCUCAUUUCCAAAAUGAAAUUCUUUGCCGCAGUUCUCGUCCUUUGCGUGGCUUCUGCCUCAGCAGCUGUACUUAAAGACAAGACUGAAGAUGAAUUCUUCACAGCUAGCGCUGCCUGCGCCAAGAAACUUCAAAUCGAUGACAGUCAUUUGGCCAAAUUCCAAGAACUUGACUACCCCAAUGACAAAACUACCCAAGAAUUCUUGCACUGUCUGUGGACUGGAAUGGAUCUGUUCAACGAUGAAAUUGGCUACAAUGUCGAAAAUAUUGCAUUCCUUUACAAGGACAAGGCCAACUCUGAGGUUUUGAUUCCAAUUUUGAGUGAAUGCAACAAGAAGGAAGCCAACGACUCAACUUUGUCAUGGUUGUACCGUGGAUUCCAAUGUAUCAUGUCCAGCAAGGUCGGACAAUGGUUCAAGGAAGAUAUUGCCAAGAAACAAGCUGCUUUGGCCGCAUCAAGCUAAGAAGUUAUAUAUUUUUUUAUAAGACAACAGACUAAUGCAGUAAAUAAAAAUAAGUGUGGAUAAUAAUGCAGUGAAAAAAAUUGGUUUUUUUCUU